CUGAUACCGACUUUAGAACAUCGGCAUCUCCAUUUUUUCCUCAGCCAUCGUUCUUCUUCCCUGCCAACUACAAUCAAAGGUUGGGAGGGGUCAGCUCAUGAUUCACGCAUUUUCUUAGACGCAAUCAACAAUCCAACUCUAAAAUUUCCGAAGCCACCAAGAGGAAAGUAUUAUUUGGUGGAUAAAUGUUAUCCUGAAAGAGAUGGAUAUUUAACUCCCUACCCCAAGACGAGGUACCAUCAGUCAGAGUUCCGUGGUGCAAAUCCGAGAGGAGUUCAAGAGAUUUUUAAUAGAGCACAUUCCUCUUUAAGAAGUUGUAUCGAGAGAGCUUUUGGUGUUCUUAAAGCUAGAUGGAAGAUAUUGCAAAAAAUGCCAAGAUAUUCACUAAUGGAUCAAAACAAGAUAAUUUGUUCAUGUUUUGCAUUGCACAACUACAUCAGGAGAAGCACAAUAGUAGAUCCAGGCUUUAAAUUUAUUGAUGAGGAUCCUGAAUUCAUACCUCCAGAUGUAUUUGAAGAUGUUGAAGGGGGUGCUACACAAGAUAAU